AAAAUGGUCACGGUUUAGUUCUUAGCGGCGGGCAUACGCGGUGCACAAUACUUUCUCCCGAAGAUAAUCAUUAUCUCGCGUUAUCGCCGAAGCAAAAAGUACGCUUACGGUUAGCCUUAAACUAGAACUGUUUAUCAAAUUUGGAACGUCGAUACUCUCCAGUUAUGUAGAAACAAAUCCUCAUUUUCCUAUUUAGUACCGAAACCAGAAAACAAAAAUAUGGAAAUACUCCCGGUAUUUUAUGGAAGAAGAUAUUCACCAGAAUAGCUCUUUCUGUUGGAAUAAUGCUACUGGUAUAUUUUUCAUCUCAAAACUCUGAAAAAUCAUUUGCUUUACAGUCGGAAACUGUUAAGGAAAAAUUACUUGAAGUUCCUUGUUCUAAAAAAUAUAAAAAGGAAAUUCUUAAGUACAAAGGUUGUGCACCCCAGCUAUGUGGUCGCUUAGUAACAGAUGAUCUUAUUCUACCUCAAGAAAGUGCUCAAUUAUUACAAAUAGCUAAGAAAGGACUUUCAUUAAGCAAGUCUUCGGGAGGAGCAUCAAUUCUAGAUUUACAUUCCGGAGCCGUAUCUCAAGGUAGUUCGUUCGUCAAUGUUUACCAAUUAAUGAAAGAAAAUAAUUUGAAUGUUUUUACACAUCAAGAUUUCCAAGUAUAUAGAAAUGUAAAGAAUAAAAUAAAAGAAAUUAUUGCUUUUAAAUUUGGGAUUAUACCUCAGUAUUUAUAUCUCACACAUCCGACGUUUUUUUCUCAAAUGACAAAUCGUCCGCCAAAAACCGUUCAUGACGAGUACUGGCACAUCCACGUCGAUAAGGAAACGUAUCCGUCCUUUCACUACACGUCAUUAAUCUACUUGAAUGAUUACAACAAGGACUUCACGGGAGGACGUUUCGUGUUUGUCGGAAAGGACUUAAACAUGACGGUGGAACCGAAAGCCGGCCGUGUGUCAGCAUUUACUUCAGGUGCGGAGAAUCCCCACAGAGUAGAAAAGGUGACAAGCGGGACAAGAUACGCACUGACCGUGUCUUUUACCUGCGACAAGAGUUCGAGUAUAGCCGAUCCCACUCUAAAGAAGUAAAAUUAUUUUUACAUUUAUUCGAUAUUAAUUACUCCUGGAAAAAAAAUCAUUAAUACUUGGAAAAAUAAAUGCUCAUAGAUGAAUAAGGAUUAUGUUUGCAUUCCACAAACUUUUUAUCGAGAGAGGUUAUCUUGUACAUUCAAAAGUUGAUGUUUUUAUAUUAAACGUUGAAAAUUUUUUAAA